GGAGAAAGAACAACAACAGCAACGAGCUGGCUUCCCUUCCCACCGCAAAAGCGUUAUUCAAAGGUCUCCGGGCUGGUUCCCGCUUCCUCCCAACUAUCAAAGCGACAAUGGAGAUGGCGAACGGGGAAGCAAAGAAGAAGGAGAAGCUCCACGGCAGAGCCUUCUACGAGAGUAUCGGGAGCCCGAAAUUCGUUCUUGCGCCUAUGGUUGAUCAAUCUGAAUUCGCAUGGAGAAUGCUAACCAGGUCCUUCAUGCCGGAAUCUGCGAAGGAUACACUGCUAGCUUACAGCCCGAUGAUGCACGCACGAAUGUUCGGCGAGACGAAGAAAUUCCGAGACGCCCAUUUCCAACCUCUUCGAUCAUCUCUCCCUACUGCGAAAGAAGGAGAAGAAGACAAAAUUCCGUUCUUAGACGGAAACCCCAAAUUCGAUCGCCCGCUCUUCGUCCAGUUCUGUGCCAACGAUCCGGACGAAUUGCUCGAGGCCGCUAGACAUGUAGCGCCGUUCUGCGACGCGGUGGAUCUAAAUCUAGGGUGUCCGCAGGGGAUUGCGAGGAAGGGGAAAUAUGGCGCGUUUUUGCAGGAGGAUCAGGAGUUGAUUUAUAGGUUGGUGAAUAAACUUCACAAGGAGUUGGAGGUCCCUGUUACGGCGAAGAUUCGGGUAUUGGAGAGUAAGGAGAAGACGCUGGAGUAUGCGCGGAAUGUUGUCAAGGCGGGAGCGAGUAUCCUGACGAUCCAUGGACGCACGAGGGAGAUGAAGGGGCAUAAGACCGGGUUGGCGGAUUGGGGGGUUAUUCGGUGGGUGAGGAAACGGUUGCAGGGGGACGAUGUGGUGGUUUUUGCGAAUGGGAAUGUGUUAAGGAAAGAGGAUGUGGAGGCUUGUUUGAAAGAGACGGGCGUGGAUGGCGUUAUGUCCGCGGAAGGGAACCUGUAUGAUCCCGCUAUCUUUGCGGAGGACCCCGCGGUGGGAGAAGAGGGGAGAGAGUUCUGGAGAGGAAGAGACGGGAAGGGUGGGUGGAGGAUGGACGCGGUGUUUAGGACGUAUAUGGACGUUAUGUACAAAUACGUCCUGGAAAUUCCUGCUCCAGACAGAACACCAUUAUACCUACCUUCGGACCCGGAACCUGAGAUAUCAGAGAAACUCAACGGCGCAGAAACGGGGACCAAGAGACCUCUCGACAACGCAGACCCCGAACAACCACCAAAGAAACGCCCCCGGAAAGAAGUCAAGAAGGAAAAAACAACCUCUCCAAAUCUCCUCGCCAUGCAACCCCACCUCUUCCACCUCCUCCGCCCGCUAGUCGCCAAGCACCACAAUGUCCGCGACGCCCUAGCGCGCUGUCGCGCCGGCGAUAUCGCUGCUUUUGAGAACGUGCUUGCACUUACCGAGACUGCUGUCCGAGAAGGCUUGCGUGAGUAUGAGAUCACUGAUGGCGCGAGUUGGGAGAGAGAGUUGGGGGAAGAUGAGAGGUUAAAGGCGGGGAAGAAGGAAACGGAGGGAGGGAUUGAGGUGGAAAUGGAGGAAAGCUCGGUAGAGACGGUGAGGUUGUGUAAGAGGCCGUGGUGGGUGGUGCAGCCGUAUGUGAGGCCGUUGCCGAAAGAGGCGCUGGCGAAGGGGAGUUUGACGUUGAGUCGGAAGGAGAGGGAGAUGUUAGAGAAGGAGAAGGCUGGUGCUGUGGAGGAGAAGAAGGUAGACGAGGGGAAUGGGAUUCCGAAUGGACAUGUGGAACAUGAGAAGAUUGGUGAUGGGGAAGGGAAAGAGGAAGUUGAGAUUCCGAAGGAGGGGCUAGUUUGUGGUUGACGAUGGAUGAGGGUGCUUCAUUGCACUCCGGUAGAGUUCUUGUAUCAUAUAGAAGAUGGCUGGAAUGGGAGAAGUGGUCAAGCGCUGAUACACUUCUUCCUAGCUGGCAUAUAUCUCGAGUUGCGAU